AACGUAGAAGCAACCCGUCUAGUGUGAGCAUCAGACAAACCCUCUGUUAUAUCGCCGAAAUCUGAAAACAAAAUGCCUCCAAGAUGUUUGCAACUGGCGAACAUCAAUCCCAACUUCAUAAACAUGGAGUAUGCUGUGCGUGGACCGCUGGAUAUACGCGCUGGCGAGAUUGAGAAGGAGCUGGAGAGGGGCGUAAAGAUGCCGUUCGAUCAGGUAAUACGCGUCAAUAUCGGCGAUUGUCAUGCCAUGGGACAGCAGCCCGUCACCUUCUUGCGUCAGCUGCUGACAUUGACAUUCGAGCCACGCUUGCUCUACUCACCGGACUAUCCGGAGGAUGUUAAGAAACGUGCGCGCCUCAUAUUGGACAACUGUCAAGGUCAUUCGGUGGGUUCGUACACAGACUCGGCCGGUCUGGAGGUGGUGCGGCGUCAAGUGGCCGCCUUUAUUGAGCGACGCGAUGGGGGUGUGCCCAGCGAUUGGCAGAAUAUCUACUUGACCGGUGGUUCCUCACCAGGCAUCAAGAGCAUCGUUUCGCUCAUACAUUGCCAGUUGGAUGGGAAGACGCCCGGUGUGAUGGUUCCAAUACCUCAAUACCCAUUGUACUCUGGCGCCAUUACGGAGUAUGGAAUGGUUAAGGUGGACUACUACCUGGAGGAGGAGACGGGCUGGAGUCUAAAUCGCAAGGAGCUCCAGCGUUCCUUUGACGAAUGCCAACAGCAUUGCAAUCCACGCGCCCUGGUGGUCAUCAAUCCGGGCAACCCCACCGGCCAGGUGCUGACCCGCGACAACAUCGUCGAGAUCAUUAAGUUCGCCCACGACAAUCAGUUGUUGCUGCUCGCCGACGAGGUCUAUCAGGAUAAUGUGUACGACAAGAACUCAAAGUUUUAUUCAUUCAAGAAGGUCAUGCAUGAGAUGGGCGAGCCCUACAGCAGUCAGGAGCUGGUGAGCUUCCACUCCACAUCCAAGGGAUAUCUAGGAGAGUGCGGCAUACGUGGUGGAUACAUGGAAGUUAUGAAUCUGUGCCCCAAGGUUAAGGCCAUGCUCACCAAGUCCAUCACAGCGGCUUUGUGCAGCACCACGGCUGGUCAGGUGGCAGUCAGCGCCUUGGUUAACCCCCCACAGCCCGGCGAACCGUCCUACGAGCGCUUCAUUAGCGAAAAUAAUGCCACGUUGGCCGCUUUAAAGGAGCGUGCCGAGCUAGUUUACAACGCACUCAGCGGCUUCGAAGGGUACAAGGUGAAUCCGAUACAGGGCGCCAUGUACGUGUUCCCCCAAAUCGAGAUACCGCCCAAGGCCAUUGCUGCGGCCAAGGCCAAGAACAUGGAUCCAGAUGUUUUCUAUGCCUCCGAACUGUUGGAAACGAGUGGCAUUUGCAUUGUACCCGGUAGUGGGUUUGGUCAAAAACCAGGCACCUAUCACUUCCGGAGCACGAUUCUGCCACAGACAGACAAACUUAAGCUGAUGAUGGAGAAAUUCCGGGUGUUCCAUGCGGAGUUUAUGAAGAAGUACAAGUAAAUGACUGAGUCCUGGAGAACUGAUUGUUUUGAUGCCCUACCAAGCAUUAUCUGCUAUACUAUAUUUUAUUUUAUUUAGUAAAUCAACAAAUAGUGCUGUCGAUACAUAUACAAAAACUAUGAUUUAUAUUAUAAUGUGUUGCUAUUUGUGAAAUUAUAUGUACUCGCACUUUCUAA